AUGCUCACCAAGUCCCUGGGCCUCACGUCUGACAACAUAACGUACGACCUCGAAGACUCCGUCACACCCUCCCUCAAGCGCGCCGCUCGCUCGCAGCUCAAGUCUCACCUCGACGCGCUCGCCUCUCGUCCCCAAUCCGUCGGCGAGCUAGCCGUCCGUGUCAACGCCGUAUCCACGGCGUUUGCGCUCGACGACCUGACCGCCCUCGCCUCCGUCCCGGCUGUCGAUGCCAUCGUCGUGCCAAAGGUAGAGUCCGCGGCAGAUCUGACGUUUGUGACGGAUGUCCUUCGACACGUUGCGCCAAAACGUCACGUCUUCGGGUCCGACAAUCCCGUCAAGGUCGUCGCCCUCAUCGAAUCCGCCCGGGCCAUCAUGGACCUCGCCAGCAUAUGCAAGGCGUCUCCCUAUCUCAGCGGUCUCAUCUUCGCCGCCGAAGACUUCGCCCUCGACCUCUCCAUCACCCGUACGCCAUCAUUGACCGAGUUCCUCUACGCCCGGUCGGCAAUCGUCACGGCUGCCCGCGCAGCCUCUCUUCCCAGCACGAUCGACCUUGUGUGCACCUCGUACAAAGGUGACGAGGGGCUGAAGAGGCUGGAACAGGAGUGCGCCGGUGGCAAGUCGAUGGGCUUCAACGGCAAGCAAUGCAUCCACCCGGACCAAGUCAAGACUGUCCAACGAAUGUUUGCCCCAGGGGAGCAGGAGGUUGAGUGGGCAGUCAGGGUUCUCGUUGCGGAUGAAAAGGCUGCUGCCUCUGGUCGAGGCGCCUGGACGCUCGACGGCAAGAUGAUAGACGCCCCCGUCGUCGCCAAAGCCCGCGCUGUCGUCGCCAAAGCUGAGCGGUGUGCCCAGGAUGUCGAGGGAUUGCGAAUCAAAUGGAAAAAUCAAGCUCCAGAGUGA